AUGAUGACACCCAGAAACUCAAUGAGUGGAACUUUACCAGAAGAGCCGAUAAAAAGUCCUAUUGGCAUGUAUCCAGUUCAGAAAAUAACUCCUUGGAAGAUGUCUUCACUGGUGGGCCCCACACAACACUUCUUCAUAAGGGAGUCAAAGGCUUUGGGGGCUAUCCAGAUCAUGAAUGGGUUGUUCCACUUUGCUCUGGGGAGUCUUCUGAUGAUCCCCAUAGGGAUCUAUGCACCCAUUUGCAUGGCUGUCUGGUACCCUCUCUGGGGAGGCAUUAUGUUUAUCAUUUCUGGAUCACUCCAGGUAGCAGCGGAGAAAAAUCCCAGGAAUAGUUUGGUGAAAGGAAAAAUGAUAAUGAACUCACUGAGCCUCUUUGCUGCCAUUUCUGGGAUAAUUCUUUUGAUCAUGGACAUAUUUAAUAUUACAUUCUCCCACUUUUUUAAAAUGGAGCGUCUGUAUCUUGUUAAAGCUGCCAAACCACAAAUUAAUAUAUACAACUGUGAAUCAAUGAAGGUGUCUGACGAAAACUCUCCAUCUACACAAUACUGUUACAGUGUGCGAUCUGUGUUCUUGGGCAUUUUUGCAGCAAUGCUCACCUUCUCCUUCUUCCAGAAGCUUGUGACAGCUGGCAUUGCUGAGAACGACUGGAAAAGAAUGUGCUCCAGACCUAAAUCUAACGUGGUUCUUCUGUCAGCAGAAGAAAAAAAGGAACAGGCAAUUGAAAUAAAAGAACAGGUGGUUGAGCUAACUGAAAUAUCUUCCCAACCAAAGAAUGAAGAAGACAUUGAAAUUAUUCCAGUCCUAGAAGAAGAGGAAGAAGAAAGAGAAAUAAACUUCCCAGAACCUCCCCAAGAUCAAGAAUCCUCACCAAUAGAAAUUGAUAGCUCCCCUUAA